AUGGACACCAGUUACCUGGCCCAGCAGGUCAAUAGCAGCAUUGCGCAGUUGCAUGGCCUGUUUGACGAGAUUGGAGUUCCCAAUCAUGAGCGCGAGGCUCGGGAGUCAGAGCUCUUCACGGCUCUGUCAGAAGCACUCAGUAGCCAAGUGCGCCUGGUCACGACGGAGAAAAAGGACAUGAUUGAUGAGGCCAAGAAGAUUAUCACAACCAUCCGACAAAUGGAAGCGUCGCUGGACGAUUCUAAGCCCCGGAGAGGAGAAUACCAGGAGGACGAAGAGUUCAAAAUCACUUACCCUCUGAACCGCUGCGUGCAGAGCCUAAGGGAGAAGCAUAUUCAAAUAAGCCGUCUGCACAAGGAACGUUUCGAGCAGGUGAAAACGCUCGUCGAAGCCCUCGAGUCGUACUCAUCACAUCUCGAGCCAACUUUUGUUCAGAUCGCGCUUCCGCCCACGGGACCAAACCAAUCUCUCCCGCCCACGUUCGACAUAUCCAACACGUACGUCGAGAAGCUGGACGCUGAGUUCACCCGAGUGUAUGACGAAUACAUGCGCCGCAUUGCUUCGGUACAGGCAUUGUCCAACCAGAUUAUCCAACUUUGGGCAGAACUUGGCGUGCCUCAAGCUCAGCAAGACGGUGCGAUUGUUAAGUACUACAGAGAUGCGCCUGAGCAGCUUGGUCUCCACAAGGAAGAUCUCAACAGGCUUCAGACGAAGCGAGAUCGCCUGUCAGAUGAGAAGAAGAACCGCGAGAAGAGACUAAAGGAUCUCAAAUCCGCUGUCGAGGCCUUGUGGCUGAAACUUGGCAUCGACGAAGGCGAAACUAAGAAUUUCCUCAACAAAAACAGGGGAUGCGGUGUCCGUCAAAUCAAUGAGUUCGAAGACGAAUUGGCGCGCCUGAACGAACUGAAGAGACAAAACCUCCACCUCUUUGUUGAAGAUUCCCGCGUCAAGCUCCAGGAACUGUGGGAUUCGCUAUACUUUUCGGAAGACGAGAUGCUCGAGUUCACUCCGGCCUUUUCUGACGUAUAUAGUGACGCCCUAUUGGAGGCGCACGAGCGCGAGGUCGCACGACUAGAGGCACUCAAAGAGCAACGCGCGCCAAUUCUGGCCGUGGUCGAUAAGCACAAGAGCCUGAUCAAGGACCGGGACGACCUCGCAGCGUCGAGCCAAGAUGCUUCCCGCCUCAUGAUGCGCGGCCAAAAGGGUGAGAAGCGAGAUCCCGGAAAGCUUCUGAGAGAGGAAAAGAUGCGCAAGCGGAUAGCCAAGGAGCUGCCCAAGGUGUCAGCCGAAGUCCGCAAGAUGCUCGAAAGAUGGGAGGACGAGUACGGUCGGCCGUUUCUGGUAUUCGGAGAGCGCUAUCUUGACGAAUUAGAACCAGAAGAAACGAAGAGGGCUGGCCCUGCUUCACGAUCCAAGACUCCAGCAAAAGCACCUCCGUCGACGGUGAAAAAGUCAGCAGGUCUCACGAGAGUCCCUAGCACAAAGGCGGUACCGCCUCGCUCCAUGACCAAGACUCCGACGGCGGCGGGCCGAACUGCUACGAAGAAAAUGCAAUCGCCAGGCAAGACCAAUGCGAUACACGGCAGACAAAGCCCGUCGAGGAUUCCCGCUCGUGUUCCCCUGUCGAACUUGAAGACAGGCGGCAAUUCCCCCGAGCGUCCAUCACGACCAGAAUCUAGGGCAGAGACUCUUCGAAACGGUGCGCCAGUCCGUGCUCCUCCACCAAAAAUGCGUGACUUGAAGUCAGUUCCCGAACUACAGACACCAAAGAAUCCUUACAAGCGAACAGGCAUCGAGUCGAGCAUUGUGCGCCAAGUUGAGCCCGAGGAUGUCUACGACGACCGCCCUCAAACUUCCCGGGGAAUGCGAUCCAAUUCCAACCUGUCCAACCACACGCAGCCAGCGUAUUACGAGGAUGCAUAUGACGACCGUUAUGACGAUCGCUAUGAUGACCGCUACGCCACAAUUCGCGGUCCACGUUCUGCAUAUCCGCAAGGGGCGCCUUCGAGACAACUCUCAAACAAUUCACACACGUCGACUGCCAUCUCGGGGUCUGAGAAUUGGGAAACAUACGAUGAUAACAGCGAGCCGGAAGUAGACGUCUCAGAAGACUAUUAUAACAAGCUCCGAGCUGCGCGUGGCAAGAGAUAUGAGCCAGAGCAGGGCCAUGGACCUACAAGCAGCCAAGCCAAACGCCUAAGAGGCAUUCCAGGGACACCAUAUGCAGCAGCGCCAGUCAUGAUUGAUCACGAUGGUAACCGAAUCAUUUCGGGCAGCGAAUGGACUGAUGAAGAUGUGUUUUGA